UCUAAAAAGGUUUUAAUAAUACUGAUAUAUCCUGUUGUCCUCUUGGCGAAGCUACACCAGGUACUCAAGAUGGCGUCCGUACUAAGGAUGAGCUUCAUGAGUGUGUUUUUAGCUACCUGCCUUGUGCCAAUAGGUGCGUCACUACCGGGAUUUGCAGGAUUUCCCAAGUAUGCUGCCAUCCGAAGCAUGAUCACCCACUCAAUUAACAAGGCGAUGCAGGAACUUGCGAUCACUAAACAACUGGAAAAACAAUACUUACUUUCAGGGAUGAGGGUUGUACCUAGGAAGAGAUUCACCCACGCCUAUCAUACAGCAGAUCCCUCUUCUAUUACAACGCUUAGCGACAAGAGCUUUAUCAGUGUCAAAGCGACGAAAGAACUAGUCCGUCUAACAAAUACGCCACUUUAUCUUCUUCAAUCUAACCCUGACGUGACCAUCGAAUGGCAGAGGCAGAUUUCUCCACACUGUAAUAUUCCGGUAGCGCAGUGUAACCAACGCUACAUGUAUCGAACGACGGAGGGCACUUGUAACAACUUACAAAACACCAAAUGGGGAUCCUCCAUGGCACCGUACCUCCGCUACAUACCGGCGGCCUACGAUAAUGGUAUUGAUAUUCCACGACAACAUGGUAGGGGCGGAAAUCUUCUACCAGGUCCCCGUGUUAUCAGUAAUAUCCUUCACAACACUGGCAGAAGUGAGCCGGACGAAGGUGGCCGCUCUGUACUGUUUAUGUCGUGGGGAACGUUUGCAGUUUUAGAUCUAGUUAGGACCCCAGUCUCAAAAGGUUUUGACAAUUCUGAUAUAUCCUGUUGUCCUCCUGGCGGAGCUACAGCAGACCAAGUGGCUUCGUGUUUUCCUAUCAAGAUACCGAGAGGUGACCUCCGAUUCAAAUCAAAUUGCAUGAACUUUGUGAGAUCUCAAACAGCACCAACUCAGUCUUGCGAUAUGGGUGUGCGACAACAAUUGAAUGAACAAAGUUCCUUUAUGGACGCGUCUAUGGUGUAUGGCUCAACACAGGCUAUCCUGAAUCGAUUGAGGAGCGGACGGGGAGGUCUCAUGAAGAUGACCAUGACUGGACUUCUCCCACCUGCUAGCGACGAAUCUUGUACUCUAUCUGGUCCCGGGGAAUUCUGUUUUGACGCCGGAGCCCCUAGGAAUUCCUUGGUACCUUCCUUCGCCGCCGUCUUUACGCUUGGGGUACGAGAACAUAACAGAAUAGCUAAACAGCUUAAUCGUUAUAAUCCUCACUGGUCUGAUGAGAAACUGUUCCAGGAAACCAGAAAAAUCGUCAUAGCUAUUAUUCAGCACAUAAACUACAACGAAUUCUUACCACACGUACUCAGUAACGCACACAUGCGAGAAUACGGUCUCUUUUCCACACCGAAAGGUCAUCGGACCGUGUACAACCCAAAUGUCAAUCCGACCAUAGGCAACGUAUUUGGUGUGGCAGCAUUCAGGUUUGGGCAUUCCCUUAUACCAGACCUCCAGGGUAUGAAGGAAGCGCACAGUUCUAAAUCAGUCGUGACACCUAUAGAAUUCACCUACUUGAGGCCUGCCAUGCUGUUCGCUGACAAUGGGCGAGGUGUUGAUAAGGUAAACAUCUGGCAGCUCCAUUCCAAGCAAGCCAAAUCAGACAGAUUUCUACAAAAUGGUGUCAGGAACGAGUUACUUUUAGAUGAAAUGGGCGUUGCCUUGGACUUGGCAGCGACGAACAUCCAAAGAGGACGCGACCACGGAAUGGCUUCCUAUAAUGCAUGGCGAAAAUGGUGUGGACUGCAACCUGCAAAUCACUUUAGUACGAGUCUGGGGGGUCUUAUAGACAUUGACCCUCUGGCAGCAGAUCUUUUGUCGAAAGUGUACAGACACCCGGAUGAUAUCGACUUGUUCACUGGAGGCCUGUCAGAAAUGAAAAUCAAAGGAACACUUACUGGACCGACAUUCUCCUGUAUCAUAUCAAAACAAUUCGAGGUACUAAAAAAGGGAGACAGGUUCUGGUACGAAAGUGACGACCCGAUUGUUAGAUUCACAACAGCUCAACUAAAUGAGAUUAAAAAAGUACGAGUAUCUCAGAUAAUGUGUGCAAAUACUGCAAUUCAAAAAAUCCAGCAACAUGCGUUCCUGGUACCGUCUUUGACUAACAGGAUGGUCCCAUGUGAAUUGCUGCCAACAAUUGACCUUCGUCACUGGAUUGAAACUCCCAACCAACAAUCUCAGGCACAUCGUUUCCGUAUAGGAUAUCGCUUAAACAAUCGUGUGAUAGUGCCUUACAACCCCGUCCGUCUAUGGGCCUACCAAAACAACAUGGUGUUACCUGCCAGCCACCAGAUAAUUAAUCUGUGAUAUGAAAUUAAAAUCAAAUCACUUGGUAAGAAUGAGUCUUUGAUGUUUAACAAGUGUGAUCCUAUCAGCUGCCUCGGAAUACAAAAAAAGGAGACAACAGUCAUACUUAAAUUGCCAGUAUUAAGACAAGGAAAAUGGUGUAAGGACCAGAAGGAUACAAAAGUCCCUCAAUUGGUUUGUAUGUCAGAGUGUACGAAGGUAAUCACUUAAUAGACAUUAUUCCUUUUUCCCAGAGGGUCAUUUUUGUAAGGAAUAUCUAUAUAUAAUGAUUGUCAUGAUAUGUCAGAUAAUUCUUGCUGUUUUAAU